AUGUAUGGAGGCGUUUCAUUUUAUGUUCGCUCAAGCAUAAAUUUCUCGUUACGCACUGACCUGUCUAUUGAUCAGCUUGAAAAUUUAUGUAUCGAGGUUCGAAAGCCAAAUUCAAAACCUUUUCUCGUUACGACCUGGUAUCGCCCACCAGAUUCAAUUGUUGAUAAGUUCAAUUUUUUCGAAACGCUUAUUGGGAAAAUGGAUGCGAAAAUGUCGAGUUUUAUUUGUUGGGGGAUCUAAAUUGCAAUGUCGGUGCGCCCGUUUUUGACCAUCCCACCAGGGUCUUAACCGGUAUAACCGAUCUUUGUGGUUUGCAUCAGCUGAUAAAUGAGCCAACUCGCAUUACUGAGAAAACUUCAACAACAAUUGAUUUAAUCUUUACUAACGAACCAGACAAAAUUGUCUGCUCCGGUGUCUCUCAUGUCGGCAUUAGCGAUCAUAGUUUAAUCUAUGCAUUCCGCAAACUCUCAGCUGGUAAGCACACGAAAGGGCACACAACAAUCUCUUACAGAAAUUUUAAGCACUUUGAUGCUGACAGCUUUCGAAAUGAUAUCAGUUUACAGGAUUGGGACUACAUAAAAACUUUUGGCGAUCCAAAUCAAAUGUGGCAUGCCUGGAAAACGAUUUUUUAUAAUGUUGUUGAUAGGCAUGCCCCAUUACGCACAAAGCGCGUCAGGGGAUCAAAAGCACCUUGGAUAACAACU